AAUAUGGCGUCCACCAUGGCGUCGAAAACAUGCUCCUUCGUCUCGCGGUGGAAGCAUUUGUUACGACAGCCGGCUACUAACGCAAAGUCUUGGACACAUCACGCUAGAAGAACAUGUGCAAACACAAGCGCCGCCGAUCCUUACAAGUGUUCCGAUAACAUAGACAUCGAGGCCUUGUUCAUCAGUCCGAAAGUGCAGAACUUUCUCCAAAAGCUCGCGGGUUUUGACCUCGACAAAAUCUUCGCUCCGAUCCCCGUGCCUUUAAACACGCCGCGCUACAAGUUCCUUACAGAUGAACAACUUGAACAGGAACUACAAGACUCCCGCCGUCGGGCCCAGCAAAAACUGCAGAUGCCACCAGUGCUUCGAGAACGCAAGCCAUGUGAGAAAGUGCUCGCUAAGGAUCCAGAAAUUCAGGGCUUCACCGAUAGCACGCACAUCUUCACGGACAUUUCUUAUGGCUAUAAAGAUCGGGAGCGCCUUAUUGUCAUACGAGAACCCAAUGGCGUACUCCGUACUGCCAACUGGGAGGAGAGGGAACGCAUGCUGCAGACCUACUUCACUAACAAGGACAAGUCCUUCUACAUGCCCAAGAUGUUUGAGCCAAGUUACUUACAGGACGUCUUAGACAAGCAGUGGUAUCGGUUUGUGUUGGACAGGGCCUGCAUUCAGUUUGAGCCAGAUGACCCCGAAUACAUCAGGGUUACGCACGCCACCUACGACCACAUUGAUGCCAAGCGUGGCUUCCACGAGCUGCGGUCAACACGGCAUUUUGGCCCCAUGGCUUUCUACCUGGCAGUCGUCGGCAAGGUGGACAACCUGCUCAUCGACCUGCUACAGAGGGAGAUGAUCGAAGACACUGGUCACCUGCUGAGGCUGUUCUACCAUAUACAUCCACCAGCCGAUGGCACACAAGUGGAUGAUAACACAGAACACAUUGAACUCGUUAAGGUAAACAUGACAUCAGUAUUCAGGAGAGUGUGGGAGCCUGCGUUCAUGGCAGAGUGCCAUUUGAGACAGAACAUAUUCUUUUGGUUCCCACAUUUAACGAAUAACAAACUCCAGAAACGCAGUCACAUGGAGCUGGCCCUGCAGACCUACCUGGAGGUUCGCAGCAGCCGAGAGGAAGCGGAGAAGAACCUGGCCUCUGCCAGGGGCCAUUAGUGAUUACCCACGCGGAAUAAACAUUAUAUAAUAUAGUUUAACACCUUA